AUGGCGAAGGAAAAGACCAGUACUUCCGAGGAUAACUAUGAGGCUAGACUGCCUGCUGUCUUGUCCUUCGCGAAGCCUCUUGCAUCCAAGAAGCUGAACAAGAAGGUGUUGAAGACUGUGAAGAAGGCAUCUAAGGCAAAGAACGUGAAGCGUGGUGUCAAGGAAGUGGUGAAGGCUCUCAGAAAGGGCGAGAAGGGGCUGGUAGUUAUUGCUGGCGACAUCUCGCCUCCAGAUGUGAUUUCGCAUUUGCCGGUUCUGUGUGAGGACCAGUCCGUCCCGUACAUAUUCGUGCCAUCCAAGCAGGAUCUGGGCUCUGCCGGUGCCACCAAGAGACCUACUUCCGUCGUGUUCAUUGUACCAGGCUCCAGUAAGAAGAAGGAGGGCAAGGCCAAGGAGGAGGAGUACCGCGAGUCGUACGACGAGGUCGUGAAGGAAGUCAAGUCUUUGUGA